UCAUCAGCCCCGAGAAGGCGGAGCCCACCGCGAGCCCCGAGGGGAUCCAGACUGAACUGGACGAAGAGAUGGAGAAUGAUAUUUGCAAAGUGUGGGACAUGUCGAUGGACGAGGAUGUUGCUUUGUUUCUUCAGGAGUUCAAUGCCCCCGAUAUAUUCAUGGGAGUUUUUGCCAAGUCAAAAUGUCCUCGCCUUACUGAAAUCUGUGUGGGAAUAUUGGGAAAUAUGGCCUGUUUCCAAGACAUAUGCAUGUCCAUCAGUAAAGAUGAGAAUCUUGGCCAAGUGUUACUGCAACGUUUGUGUGAUUCAGACUCUCCAACUCUUCUGGAAACUAGCAGGUUGUUGUUAACUUGCCUCUCCCAGCCUGAGGUGGCCAAUGUCUGGGUUGAGAGAAUCCGAGAAAACCCUUCUGUGUAUGACUGUGUCUGCUUUAUCAUGUCCAGCUCUACAAAUGUUGAAUUGCUGGUAAAAGUGGGUGAAGUGGUGGACAAACUCUUUGACCUAGAUGAAGAGCUAAUGUUAAACUGGAUUAAAAAUGGCACUUGUCGGUCUGUGGGACCAUCUGUAGAUGAUUCCCCUGAAGAACUUCCAGAUUUUAAGAUUGUGCCUUGUAUACUUGAAGCAGCCAAACAAGUCCGAUCUGACAAUCCGGAAGGACUUGAUGUUUAUAUGCAUAUUUUGCAGCUCCUGACCACAGUGGAUGAGGGUAUUCAGGCUAUCGUGCAGGCUCCUGAUGGAGGAAAAGAGACUUGGAGUUUGCUUUAUGACCUUGUUUGCCAUGAACUUUGCCAGCCAGACGAUCCACCGAUCAUUGUGCAGGAGCAGAAGACUGUAUUGGCUUCUAUUUUGUCCGUGCUGUCUGCUAUGUUUGCUUCACAGACAGAACAAGAAUACACCAAGAUGAGGAAAAAUAUGCCUCUGAUUGGGAGCUUGAUUCGUAUCUUGCAAUACAUGGAGGAUUGUGGGAAGAGAUCUGUUGAUAACUCAAAGGAGACUGAACAACAAGAGACUGGAAGGGCUGAUCUGAACGAGGAAGAUUUCCAUUUAAAAAUUUUGAAGGAUAUUUGCUGUGAAUUACUUUCCAAUAUGCUUCAAGAACUGACCAAGGAAAAUACAUUAGAAGGACUACACCAGGGACAUUUAAAUGAACAGACAUGUUCCUGUGCAUUUCAGAACCUCUUGCCUCUGUAUUUUGCAUCAGUGGAGAGUUUUCUUGAAGUUUUGCGUGAGGCUGAUCAGACACUUGCUGACAAUCUAGAAAAACGUUUCCCAAGCCUGAAGGUUCAUGCCUAAGAAUGUACAUGAAAUAUUUCCCUUCUUUGGAAUGAAGAUUUUUGACUGUUUCAUCACAGUGUUGCAGAAAUCAAGACUUCAGUAAAUGCAGGAGAAUGAGGCAACCUCCUUAUCAACAGGUGGCUUUUAAGACAUAUUCCAGGUAGCCCUGAUUAACCUAGGGUUAAUCUAGUCUGCAUGGGGAAGGAAAUUACUGUAAAUUCAGUUCUGCAUCUUCCAUCCUGCUUACUCUGGUGAUGAGAGACUGUUGAUUUCUAAUUGCUCUUCUGAGGAAUGGUGUUCUUUGAAUAACUCUUGAUUCUAUGCUUUUCAACUUAAGUUGAAACAGCAAAAUGAAUGAAGUGCACUGAGUAGUUUUUUUAACAUGAUGCUGGUUUCUUCCAAGUUGCUGUUGGCAAAAGGAGGAUUGAUGAGUAGGAAAUCCCAGAUGUCCUCUACUUAAGGACCUUCAAGCACCUGAUAAAAACAAAGUUAAAUUACACAGAAUUGUUUGGGGGUUUUUGUUUGGUUUUUUUUUUUUUUUUCUCUUUUAGGUCGUAUCAAUACCUUGACCACUUCUUACAUUGAAGCCACUUUCUUCUACACUGCAGCUCUGAGUUGCGGCAUCUGGGCCCUGUGCAGUUUAAAGGAUUUGUGAAUAUGGUUACCAGUGGUCUAUGCUGCAGCUUCCAACCAUUGCAGCUGGUUACCCAGAGUUAGAAUUGUAGGGCAGGUUUGGAUUUUUAAUCCGUGGCAUACUUGCAAACUUUCUGCUUUUUUUAAAGCAGUCUGUAUUUCAGUUUACGAAUGUAACAUGUAUCAGAGAGUUCUUGCCUCAUACGUGUGUCUUAUGAAUUAUCUGCGAAUGACAUUAGAAAUGCCACAUUAGCCUUGUUUUUUCAGGGGAGCUUAAGGCGUUUGGUCACCUGCAGCAAAUACAGUCUACAGUCUUCUAAAAAUCCCACUUCUAAUUGUAUUAUGUUUUAACUGCAUUAGAUUUUUAGAUCACUUGCUUGUAGGCAGUGUGGAAAAUAUUUUCUGUGUCUGAAAAGACAGUAUAGCAACACAUCAACUUGCUGUUUCUAUAAAUGAGAGUGGAAAAUAGUUGGUCUUUUUUUUAGGUUUGGAGAAUGGGAACCAGAGCAUAAAGAAUAACUUAAUACCAUAUACACAUUCCCUGGCUCUCCAGGUUUUUGCAGACUUUAAGUAUUGUGCUGAGCCAUGUUUUGUUUGCCCUGAGUUACCUGUACAUGUGGUAAAAUACAGUAUGUGUAUAUGUAUAUAGCCUUUUCAUCCAAACUUCCAGUUUUCAAGAAUAGCGCAAUUUAAUCAUUCGCUUGGGCUGCCAGCAGCAUCUUCGUUGUUGGCAGGGGAUUUAGAAUUACGAACAUCUGACUUGUGUCACCAAAAAGAAUUGCUGUGGUUUCUAUCGAUUUUU